AUGCACAACGGGACAUCAGUCACUGAAUUCAUCCUGAUCGGUGCCCAUAAUUUUCAUGGCUUUCUCUUUGGUCUUUUUCUACUCCUAUACUUAGCCAACAUCUCUGGAAACCUGGUGGUGGUAGGAGUCACCUUCUGGGACCUGCAGCUCCAGACACCCAUGUACUUCUUCAUUGGCAAUCUGGCCUCCAUUGACAUCUUUUACUUCUCCACCACCGUCCCCAAGGUGUUUGUGGGGCUAGCCUCCCAUAGCAAUCGUAUUUCCUUUGCAGGGUGCAUUGCCCAGAUGUUCUUCUUCCAUUUUCUAGGCAGCACUGAAGCUAUGCUGUUGUCCAUCAUGGGCUACGACCGUUAUUUGGCCAUCUGCCAUCCACUCCACUACCCUGUCCUGAUGAAUCGCCAGUUGCGCUGGACCCUAGCUGCCUUGGUGUGGACAGCUGGCUUCUUCCACUCACUCCUCCAUGCCAUCAUGAUGUCCCAGCUCUCCUUCUGUCAAGACAACAAGGUGGAGCACUUCUUCUGUGAUAUAUCUCCACUCCUGGCACUCUCCUGCUCAGACACCUGGCUCAACGAGGCCUUGUUAGCUGGGGUCACUGGCUCCAUCAUCAUGGGUUGCUUUGCCUUAACUCUGACAUCCUAUGCUCUCAUUCUAAGGGCAGUGGUGGCCAUGCGCUCAGCAAAAGGUCUCCAACGUGCCUUCUCCACCUGUGGGGCUCACCUCACUGUAGUGGCCCUCCAUUACUGCUCUGCUGGAGCUAUGCAUCUACGGCCACACUCAGAGGGGACUAUUCCAUUGCGCAGGCAGGAGCUGGGAGGGGAAGCUGCUCACGAGACCUGGAAAGUUGUGGCUGCCAAACUCCAGUUUCUCAACUGA